UAUCGGAGUGCAUAAUUCCGGAUUUGCUGGGUCGCGUCGCGCGCAAUGACCACAGACGGAAACGGAGCUGUCGUCAUUUAAAGUUUCUGCCCUCCCAAACUCGUUUUCUCAUCAGUUUCUCAAGUAUUUACUUUGAAUCACCUUCUCGAUUUCCGAGUUGUGUGGGAUUACGAUUGUGGCAUUCUCCGUCUUGCCCCUCUUUUGUCACCGUUCUGUGAUCCGAGAGAGAACGGCUGAAGCUCCCCGCGAGCUUUACCAGAGCUAUGGUACAAUGGAAGCGGUUGUUUAACAUCAAUGACGACACUGGCAGACGAUUUUACGCAGAUGAAGCCAGCCACUUGCUGCCCACGCAUAGACAAGAAGCAAUUCGUUCCGCGUUCCCUGCCGAAGAAGUCACCAAGGUAGCGCUUCGCCUCAAAUAUCAGAUUGAACAAGUCAUACCUUGCGAGCUGGAAGAGGCACAAAUUGUUAAGGCUCAUUCCCCAAUAUUAACGCAUAAAGUGCAGAAGACUGCUGCAAAGGCAGGCGGAGACGAGUAUGGCGCUUGCGUAGUAUAUUGUUUACUUGUUUGCAAGAAAUGGUUCAAGCGGCAGGCGACAUUAGAAUUGUGGGACGCUGAUUUACAUAAUGUCCGCGCUGUUGCGUGCGAGAUGCUUGCAAAGCAUAUAAUUGAAACCCAAGAAGACCAACAGUAUCUCCUCCAAGACGUCCUUCUUCGUCGUUAUUCCAUUCUUGUGAAUGGAAAGGAAUCUUUGGCGGCGAAUGUCGUUGAGCGAGCCGUAGACCUUCAUGCAUUGCGGGUAAUUGGGUCGUCCGGAUAUCAGAAAUGCAUAAAAUAUCUCUGGAAGGGGUGGCUGGUUCAAGACGAGAACGACCCGUCCACAUUUAUCGACUAUGUGCAAAAAGCCAAUACAAGCUAUUGGGCACACUUCGAUCCAGAUCGUAUGCGUGCACCAAUUUACCAGAACUCCCUGCAAAUAUUCUUUUCUUUGGCCUAUCUGGGCUUGUACACCGGCGCAAUCAAUACAAUAAACCGAACUGGAGACCUUGACCUUGUUGAGGGAUUGCUCUAUGCGUUCACUUUGGGAUUUAUCUGUGACGAGAUCGCAAAGUUCUGGAAAGUUGGCAGGUACUACAUCGGAUUCUGGAAUGUCUUUAACAGCACUUUAUACGUACUCCUCACCAUAUCUUUCGUGACCCGAAUGGUUGCCCUUGGAUAUCCUCUACACGAUCAUGAUGGCCGCAGGGAGCACUUUAACGAGUUGAGCUAUAACUUUCUCGCAUUUUCGGCGCCAAUGUUCUGGAUGCGUAUACUUUUAUAUCUUGACACUUUCCGAUUUUUCGGCGCAAUGUUGGUGGUUUUGAAGGUUAUGAUGAAAGAGUCCAUCAUCUUUUUUGCAUUGCUGGCGGUGCUCAUCGUUGGAUUCCUCCAAGGUUUCAUUGCAAUGGAUGACAUCGAUGACAACAACAUCGUUACCUCAUUCAUUCUCCAAUCCAUGGCAAAUAGUAUCAUGCAGAGCCCCGACUUUUCAGGCUUCCAUAACUUUGCACCUCCGUUCGGAAUCAUCCUUUACUACAUCUUCACCUUUGUAGUAAUGGUUGUCCUCCUGAACAUUCUCAUUGCGCUUUAUAACAGCGCAUAUGAGGAUAUCACAGACAAUGCUAUCGAUGAAUACAUGGCACUAUUCUCUCAGAAAACAAUGCAAUUCGUCCGAGCUCCAGACGAAAAUGUCUUCAUUCCACCAUUCAACUUAAUCGAGAUGCUCUUACUCAUCCUUCCUUUUGAAUGGUGGAUGCCCAAAGCCACGUAUGAACGUGUCAACGACUAUGUCAUGGGCGUCAUUUACUCUCCUCUCCUCCUGCUCACCGCUUGGAUCGAAUCUCGUCAAGCGGCCGAUGUGACGUCAAACCGUCAACGCGGAGAAGAAGACGAUGAUACCAUUGAGGAAUGGGAACAAAUGGGUAAUCACAUUGACUUUGAGACCGAAGGCUGGUCCAAGGAAGUCGCACACACGGCGCCAAAUGUUGAGAUUAACGCCACGCUGCUCGAAGUCCGCGAACUCAAAGACCAGAUCAAGGAACUGAAGUCUCUUGUCGAGGAUCUAAGAUUCUCUGGUAGUACCACAACACUAUCAUGAUCUUCGCUAUGGGUGAUAUGCGAUGGUUCAGCACCUUCAAAUCGAAGUAUUGAAUCUGUUCGCUAUCGAGGUGACGGAGAAAAAAAGGAAACAGACUUAUCUAGCAUACCGUGAUAGAAACAUGAGCGCUGGAGACAUUUCAGAUUCGUCAGCUGCCGUGUUUACCCUGGUAUUCAUUCUGACUGUGCUUGCAUAGCUUCAAAAUAAGAGUCGAAUUUAUAAGUCUAUUUCAAAGAGAC